AUGCCCCGAGGACAGAAGGCGAUCGCGCGCGUUGAGAAGAAGGAAGAUCUUGCUCCUUCAAAAAUGCACCAUAAGCGCAAGCGAACUGGGCAGGUACCCAUCCCAAACGCUCUAACGCAAGCUGAGAGGCCCGACUCAGAUGAACAAGGCGAUGGCAGGCCCCCCAAGCGGUCCAAAAGGGCAGAACCUUCCCUGAACAAAACCUCAACGAAGCCGAAGAUGAGGGCUGGCGUUUCCAAGAAACCAUCUUCAAAAACUGGUCAGCGGAUCAACAGAAUACCCUCAGAUCCGCUUGACGUUUUUGUUUUUGGUGAAGGAGCUUGUGGGGAGCUCGGCCUUGGCAGCAAGAUCGUCAAGGGCCAAUCACUGACGGACGUGAUGCGGCCACGACUGAAUAAGCUGCUCUCUUCAGACGAUGUUGGCGUGGUCCAGAUCACCUGUGGUGGCAUGCACGCGGUCGCGCUUACCAAGGACAACAAGAUUCUUACAUGGGGUGUUAACGACCUCGGUGCUCUGGGGCGCGCAACAAAUGUCGAAGAGGAUGAGGAUGAUGAGUUUAACCCUGCGGAAAGCACACCCGGGCCCGUCGACGUCUCGGGCCUUGACCCCAAUGUGCGGUGGGCCCAGGUAGCUGCAAGCGACAACGCCUCGUUUGCACUGACCGACGAGGGUAGGGUAUAUGGUUGGGGGACGUUCCGGUCCAGUGAGGGAAUCAUGGGGUUCAGUAAGGAUAUCGAGGUUCAGAAGACCCCGAUCCUCAUUCCGGAUCUUAAGGAUAUCAGACAACUAGCUACCGGUAACAACCAUGUACUUGCGGUCGACGGCAAGGGUAAGGUAUAUGCAUGGGGUUGUGGAGAACAAAGCCAACUAGGUCGUAAAGUGCUGGCCAGCCAUCCCAAGCUUGCCCUCAGACCUGCCAGCAUAGGGGCUCUUCCAAAACGCGGUGUGAAGGCUGCCCAAGUCGCCUGUGGCUCUUAUCACAGUUUUGCCGUCGAUGAGCAAGGCCGCGUCUAUGCCUGGGGCCUGAAUACCUACGCCGAGCUAGGCAUCUCCGAAAAAGCCGGCGAGGAUAACGCUUACCACUUAAAGCCACGACUUGUUGAAGCCCUGAAAGACUACAGGGUUGUGAGCAUCGCCGGCGGGGACCAUCACUCUCUCGCAGCUAGCGACGAUGGCAAGCUCCUCACAUGGGGGCGCAUAGAUGGCAACCAAGUUGGCGUGCAUCCCGAGGUUUUCACAGCCGACAACACUAUAUAUGACGAGCGCGGCACUGCUCGUAUCUUGAAGAGUCCAACGGUCAUACCAGACAUCCCGCGCAUCGUCUCGGUCGCAGCUGGAACAGAUCACAGUUUUGCUCUUACUAAUGAUGGGAAAGCUUAUUCAUGGGGGUUUUCUUCCAAUGGAAGGACUGGGCAAAGCACGGAGGAUGAUAUCAAGAUUCCGACUGUGAUCGAUGGCAAGGCUUUCGGCGGAAAGAAGUUGGUUGUCGCUAGUGCUGGUGGAUCUUUCUCCAUACUCGCCGUGACCCAGAACUCUUGA